GAGAAAUCGACUUGAACAAUGAGGAUUCCACAUACGAUAUCCAAGAACGUCGUGACAACUUACAGAUGUUCGGCAGGUACUCUGCUGCUACCGCAGGAACAAAGAAGAACACUACGAGCGGAGGACGCUUCCUGGGAUGACGAUGUAAUCCCCGAUUUGAAGAUCCUCGCACUUCGCUCUAUAGUGUCAACGUGGAAGGAUAAUCCUGUUUUAGAAGAUCUGCCAACGUGCGUCGACAGGGACGUGUUGGUGGAAACACUGCCGACUGAUUUUCCCUUCGAGCUGACAAUAACGAGGAUCGACGAUGAUUUUUAUUGGCAACGGGCGGCCGAGGACAGAUGGGAGCACAACGAUCCGGCCGAGCACGGCGGCUCGUGGCGGCGAUUAUAUUGUGAGCGCCACUUGGCCGAAUAUCUGGAAACUUUGGAAGCCAGCUACUUCGAGACUCAGAGAGAGGAGUGCGAGAAGCUGAUGACUCUUGUGAAUAACCACGUACACGUCAUAAGGCUCCGUUCUCUCGUACCGACCAAAAAACAGUCGAAACGAGCCGUUGGAGAGGAGAACGACGAGCCAAUGCCGGAGGAAGACGUUGCGCAUCAUAUUCCCAUGGCGGUUGUACUCCCACAAUUGCCCUAUCUCACCGAAAUUUACCUCAACUUCGGUAUGAUCUACAUGAACGACGGUUUCGAAUGGCGGGACUUUGAGUUCUCCGUGGAAGAUUGCGUGAGUCUUGGGGAAGGAAUUAAAGCCAGCCCGAAGUUGAGAAAAUUCAGCUUAACCCGCAGCAGCUUGGACCGGCCGCGAGUCGCUACGAUUCUUCAAGGAAUGGCAUCAAACCGUAACGUCGAAGAAUUGGAUCUGUCACAUUGCAAGUUGAUGGACACCGGCGCGCACGCAGUGGGUGAGUUUCUGUCAAUGCAUCAAAAGUUGAAGAGUCUACGUUUGGCGAACAACAACAUAGGACCUACAGGAUUAGCCGGCCUUAUUCAUGGAAUACUCAAGUCAGAGACGAGCUGCCUGAAAAAUUUGGAUCUCAGACUCAAUCCUCUGCAAGACGAAGGAGCUAAUCACGUAUGUGCCCUGCUAAUAAGAAGCGAAAGUUUAGAAACACUGAAUAUCAGCGGUUGUGGAUUGAGUUCAACUGCCGGCGCAGCGCUUACCGAGGUGCUCUGUUCCAAUUAUGUGAAACUUGAGGCCUUACAUCUCGAUGUGUCCAACAACGAUUUUGGAUCGAACGUUGGAGAGUCAUUCGAGGCAGCCAUAAAGUCCUGCCCGUAUAUUAUCCACUUGGAUGGGCGAAUGUGCAAUUUCUCGAAAGAAUCGGAGUACUCGAUCAAUGAGAACGCGUACAGGAAUAAACAAAACAUGAAGAAGGAGAAAGAGAAAACAACGUCUGGUCGGAAAAGCAGCGCAGACACUGCGCCAAACGCCAAGAGUCUGCAACAACAGCCGGAAGUUGGUCCAGCAUUCUUGGAAUCAAAAGACGAGGAGACGGCGAAAUUAAUUCCCCGAGCCCCGCGCGUAUAAGCGGCCCCGGUUACUACGAAGAAGGAGAGAAACGAGUUCUCCUGAUCAUGGAAAAUUUAAGACGCCGUUUGGCAACGACGCCACGACGCAUCUAGAAGAGCCCACCGGUGCUUAUCGGGAGUUUUCAGCUAGUAAACCGAAAGCGAUGGUCUAUAGCGAUGGUAACACGGUCAGCCUUGAUUCCACCAAUCAAUAAACCCAUUUCUCGAAAAUAAAUGAAAAAGCCUGUGCAGCAUUUAUUGCGACAAAUAAAUGCGGUAUAACGGAUAGCUCUAUUUGUUUCAUUUUGCUACCCCGACAUGUUUCUAAUAAAUGAAUAACACAAAAAAACGCUGCAAGAUAUUCAGAAAGAGACUGAGUAAGAAGGAGAAAGGAAGAAAGAGUGAUAAAUGAUUAUAUAAUUAACAUCUUCAAUUUAAAAUAAUUGUGUAUGCGUGACCUUCAGGAC